AUGAUCGAAUGGAAAAUAAUCGUCCAGAUUGGAUUGUACGCGACAGUAAGCUUCGGUAGGGAGCCCUUCAAGCCGCGAGACGGUUCUGUACCCUUUUUAGUAUAUUUUCCGUCACGCUACCGCGGCCUGUGCGUCGGGACGCUGCUGUCCAGGACGGUGGUCAUAACGGCGUGUGUGUGCAUCGCCGACCCGGCAGCGCAUGAACACGACACCCGGCCCAUCAACGUGGUGACGGGCGCGACGUACAGGCAUCCGCGUCGCGGAAUACGAGUCCAAGUCACUAAGAUUAUUAUCCCUAAGUUGUCCAACAGCACCGGGGAGAGAGCCUACACAAUACAGAAGUCUCCGGCCAUCCUUAUCCUAGCCAAAAGAGUUCCAGACGUCCUAGCCGAGAUUCCCUUGCGCCCGAUCGACAUCGAUUACAAAGGGGAUGAGGUGUUAGCGCUGCACGAGGAGUGCCUGAUGCCCGGCUGGCAUUUCUUUUACAAGGGUGAUAAAAUAUACCCUGUCCACAAAUUCCUUCUCCAAAGGAAUAUUCGGGUUCAGUACUUGAUAAUUGUGAAGAAGAGCCUGUGGUGUAACACCAUCACAAUGAAAUUUCAAAAGGCUAUGACUAACUUGGGCUUCGUGGGAUACUUCGACAAGGCCUCGUCGAUCUGUGUCAAGGAUCCCGACAGGGAAGCGCAGCCAUGCCAUGGAAUGUAUGGAGCGCCUCUCAUAUGUCGCGGGAGGGCUGUGGCUAUGCUGAUGGCUCCAGACGCUCAGUGGUCUAACUGCACCGGCGGCACGAACCUGGUACAGCUGUUCAGUUCCAGCCACAUAAGAAACUUUAUGACUUGCGUGAGCGGGUUAUUCGAACCAGAAUUCAAACUCAGCUGGGAGACGUUCAAGAAGAGCAUCGAGAACGACUUGAGCGGCAACGGACACUUCGAUUACCUGCCGGAUGUGUACGACAGGAUGCUGGACGUCAUGAGCAGCUCCGAAGAAGUUUGAUUUCUGAAUUGCUGAAGCGCUGUAUUCAUCUAAGUAACACGUCGACAUCACGACUGUGAUCUGGCGGUUGUGUUACGCACUUCGUACAACUGUCCGGAAGUGACCAGUGACGCGUGAUUGAUACUCAAGUGCAACUCCAUACGAUCGGCUCGAUGUAAACCCAGUCGACGUGUUACUGCCACGGGCACAGCGCUUGAGGUCAUUUUAUGUUAAUAACGCGCUACUUGGAUCGGAUCGAACUUUCAUUUAAUUAAUUGUGUCAAAUUAAAAUGUUAACAUUAUGUAACUCAAUGUAAACUUUUUUGGUCAUUAGUGCUAACUUAAACAAAACAUUUAACAUAUCGAGAAUAUUUCAUUAUUGUAAACAACAAAUAUUUCUCCGUUGCUUCAGUAGUACAUGCUACUUGUCAUGUGGACAUCAUUCACUAGAGACUAAAAGGGAACCAAACGAAUUGUUACUGACUACAGAUGCAUUAACUUAGCUAGUGGUACACUCUCAAGGACCACUUGGAUUCAAUAAGCCUAUAGCACCUAGGCAUAUUUCUCUAGGACCUUGAAUACUAGCGACAUUAAAUACAGUAGGUACUAUUGAAAAAGAGCGAUUCUUUGGGUGACAAAGUAAUUCCGUCCUUAUCUUUUUGGCCGAAAAUUUAAAAUUAUAACCGACCAUAGACCUCUAGAGCUUCUGUGGGUAAUGAACCUUAAAAAUCCGAAUUCGAGACAGACUAGAUGGAGACUUAAACUAAGUGAACAUGAUUAUAUAGUGAUAUAUAAGCAGGGCAAACUUAAUACCAACGCAGAUGUAUUUUUUUGUAUGUAAAUCCAUAACGAGGAAACAAGUUCAAUUGCUGUAAACCCCACUGAAAUCUCUCCGUCAGUAUCAGACUCUCAAACAUUAACUGUACAUUCUGACUUAGAGGAACCAAUUUUAGGAAUCCCUAUGGGUCAUAUUAAAAAAAAUAUCCAUUUUUUGAAUGUAACGAUAAAUAAUUGUUUUUUUAAACUAGUAACAAAAUUGAA